CAAUCUCGCUCCUUCCCGAGCUCUACUAAACGGAUAUUUAACGGCCACCCGACCGAGACACCACCCCUACCAGCUCCAACCUGCUGUCAUGUGUAAAGGACUAGCAUCACUGCCGACCUGCUGCUUGGAAAGGGCAAAGGAGCUGAAAGCAAGGCUGGGAAGCAUGUUGCAAAAAUCCAACUGGAAUCUACCCGGCUGCAAAAUAGGGCAAAAUAAGCCAACCCUGGAGGAAUGCCUCAGGUGGAAACAGUCCUUUGAGAAACUCCUCUCAAGCAAAUAUGGACUGUGUGCCUUCACAGCCUUCCUGGUGUCUGAGUUCAGCGAGGAGAACAUCGCGUUCUACUUUGCAUGUGAGGAUUACAGAAAUACCAAGUCCCCUGCCAAACUACCAGCCAAAGCCCAGAAGAUCUAUGAUGAAUUCAUCGGCAGUGACGCUCCCCGGGAGAUUAACAUUGACCAUGAAACUCGUGACAUCACCAAAGCCAACAUGCAGGCGCUCUCCCCUUCUUGCUUCGACAUGGCCCAGCACAGGAUCUACAUGCUCAUGGCCAAAGACUGCUACCCCCGCUUCCUCCGCUCUCCAUCCUACAGGGAUCUAGUGUGCCAAGCUAAACCAAGCACCAAGGCCACGAAGCAGGGAAAGAAGGCGUGAAAAUCUCCCCGCGAGAUGAUGGAGAAUUGUUAGUGUUCGCCUUAAGGGUUGAGAAGGCAAGAUAGGCAUGGCAUUAGGUGCUGCAUCUUGAAGAUGGACGCGGUUGCAGACGCAGAUCAUCAUGAGAGCAGCUGUGAAUGGGUGUAUUCUGUAGACGCCAUCUAUUCCAAGAUGAGGAUAGACUGAAGAGGAAAGGAAAGAAGUUGAAUUGUUGAUGCCUUAAGUGGACUGUUGUAUGGGCAGCAAUUGUCAAUUGAGAGUUUAACACACUGAGUGACAAUCAAACGAGAGGGCAGGUGGAGAAGGAGAAGCACUUUUCUUUGCCAUGAGGCAAACUUUUGUGGUUGUUAUGUGUCAUCUGUCAAAGUCUUACACUGUUUGUGAACAGGCAUGUACGGAAUUUCAUGAUUUUUGUAUUUAUUUGUAUUUAUUUGCCUGUAAAAUACUUGUUGCAUUUUUACAAAUCAAGGAUGAAAAAUGUGCAAUAUAAUAUUAUAUUAUUUAUAUCACUGUUGUGGGUUUUUUUUUACGUACCAGGAAAUAAACUAAAUUAUUUGAAAAAUAAAGUA